AUGUCUGAAAUAGAUUACACUAAGCUGCUAGCAUUAUUUUUCUGUGUUGCUUUCUUUGUAUCUGUUGCUGCUGGAGAUAGCGAAGCAAAAGCUCUGUUGAAGUGGAGAGCCAGCUUUAACGACCAAAGCAAAGCUAUGUUGUCCACUUGGAAGAAUGAUACUAAUCCUUGCAGGCAGUUGUGGAGGGGAAUUUCUUGUGAUGAAUCCAUGUCUGUGUCCAAGAUAAGUCUCUCAAAUCUUAAUCUUCAAGGUACACUUUCCACUCUCAACUUCACUGCCUUUCCUAAUCUCCUCCACUUCAACAUAAGUCGCAACCAAUUUUAUGGAUACAUUCCCCACGAAAUUGGUAAAUUGUCCAGUAUUGUGAGAUUGGGUUUGUCAGAUAAUCCAAUUAAGGGUCACAUUCCUCCUGAAAUCUGGAAUCUAACCACUCUAAGUCGUCUUGAUCUUAGCACAUGCAAUCUCACGGGAAAAAUUGCCCAUAAAAUUGGGAAUUUGAGGAAUUUGAGGCUCCUAUGGCUUGGAGAAAAUUCCCUUUCUGGUCCCAUUCCUGAAGAGAUUGGAAGGUUGAGUAACCUUGUUGACCUUCGUUUGGGAACGAACACUUUGUCAGGUAGAAUCCCAUCAUCAAUUGGAAACUUGACCAUGUUACAAAUGCUUUAUCUUUAUCAGAACAAUCUCUCAGGUCCCAUUCCAGCUGAAUUAGGAAAACUCUAUCAUCUCAUUAACAUUCAGUUAUAUGAAAAUAAACUUUCGGGGCCAAUCUCUCCUUCUAUAGGAAACCUAACAAAGCUCGUACAAUUGUCCUUCUCUAGUAACAGGCUUUCUGGUCCAAUUCCUCCAUCCAUUGGCAACUUGAUCAAUUUAGAUGAUUUCCACCUUCGAAACAAUAGUCUUUCAGGAUUUAUUCCUUCCACUAUAGGAAAUAUCACAAAGCUCACCGUCCUUUACCUGGACAGCAACAAUUUUAGUGGUCAACUUCCACGAGAAAUGAAUAACUUAACGAGUUGGCAUAACAUGCAACUGAGUUAUAAUCAUUUUAGUGGUCCUUUACCACAAAAAAUUUGUCAAAAUGGCACGUUAUCUGCCCUUGGUGCUAAUGAUAACCAUUUCACUGGUCCUAUUCCAACAAGUUUGAAGAAUUGUUCUAGUCUAGAAAGACUUAGACUUGAUAAUAACCAAAUAGUUGAUAAUAUAACAGCUGCUUUUGGAGUAUAUCCUUAUUUGAACUACAUUGAUCUUAGUGGUAAUCAAUUGUAUGGCCACCUUUCAUCCAAGUGGGGGAAGUGUCAAAAUCUCACACAAUUCAUUAUUCACAAUAACAAGCUUUCUGGUGAUAUACCACCAGAAAUAGGAGAGGCAACUAAACUUGGUUUACUUAACUUGUCUUCAAAUCAUUUGUCUGGACAAAUUCCAAAACAACUAGAGAAGUUGAUCAUGUUGAGAAAACUCUCCUUGAGCAACAAUAACUUCUCUGGUAAUGUCCCCUCAAAUAUAAGAUCACUUAGUCAGCUUGAAAUUUUGGAGUUGGCAGAAAAUAAUUUCAAUGGCUCAAUCGCAAGAGAGCUUGGGGAAUUAAAAAUCUUAAGGGUCUUGAACUUGAGCAAAAACAAGUUUGAUGAAAGCAUUCCCCUUGAGUUUGGUGAACUCCAACACCUUGAACAACUUGAUCUUAGUGGUAAUUUGCUAAAUGGGAAAAUACCAUCAAGGCUGGGAAUGCUAUCCAACUUGCAAGUAUUGAACCUCUCACAUAAUAAUUUCAUUGGCACCAUUCCUUUUGGUUUCAAUGGAUCAAUGUCAGCUUUGUCUACAGUUGACAUAUCUUACAAUCAAUUAGAAGGCCCCAUUCCAAUCAAACCAGCCUUUCACAAUUUUGAUGCAUUGAGGAAUAACAAAGGUUUGUGUGGUAACAUCACUGGUUUAAGUCCUUGUGAUGAUUUCCAAACAUAUGGACAUGGGCAUAAGAGCAAAAAGUUGUUGAUAAUACUCCUCCCAUUAGUCGUACUGCUAUUAGUAAUUGUAGCAGCAUCUUUCAUUUGUUCUCGAAUAGCAACAAAAACAAAAAACAAAGGUAGAGAAGCUCCACCAGAAGAUGUUUAUUUUGUGUGGAGUCUUGAAAGAAAAAUAUUGUAUAGAGAUAUUGUUGAAGCCACAAGAGAAUUUGAUGAAAGAUAUCUCAUUGACAAAGGGGGCCAAGGAAGUGUUUAUAGGGUUGAGUUGCCUACAGGUGAUGUUGUUGCUGUAAAGAAGCUUCAUUCAAUGCCAAGUGGGGAAAUCUCCAACCAAAAAGCUUUUACAAGUGAGAUCCAAGCUUUGACAGAAAUCAAACAUCGUAACAUUGUGAAGCUUUAUGGGUUUUAUUCCAAUUCACAAUCCUCUAUUUUAGUAUAUGAGUUCUUCGAAGGUGGCAGCUUGGAUAACAUACUAAAGAAUGAGGAACAAGCCAUUGAGUUUGGUUGGAACAAAAGGGUGAAUGUUGUCAAAGGUGUGGCAAAUGCCUUAUUCCAUAUGCAUCAUGGUUGUUCAAUUCCUAUUGUUCAUCGUGACAUAUCAAGCAAGAAUGUUCUCCUAAGUUCAGAAUAUGAAGAAGCUCACAUCAUUGACUUUGGAACAUCAAAAUUUUUGAAUCCAAACUCAAGCAAUAUGACUAGAUUUGCAGGCACAUUCGGGUAUGCUGCACCAGCGAAUGAGAAAUGUGAUGUAUACAGCUUCGGAGUGUUGACUUUAGAAAUUAUUAUGGGUACACAUCCUGCAGAGCUUAUUUCAUACUUGGCAGAGAAACCAACCAAUAAUGAUUUGUUGUUAAGUGAUGUGCUGGACCCACGACUUUCUCCACUCACAAAGCCAGUCCUAGAUGAUGUGAUCUUAGUUGCAACAAUGGCUUUUUCUUGCUUGAAUGAGACUCCUCGGUCUCGUCCAACCAUGGAAAAAGUAUCUGCAGAGUUUGCAAAGACACCAAAAUCUUAUUCGGAGGACCAAUUUCACGCCAUCACAAUUGGACAACUAAUGAGGGAUUGA